GGGGGAGUGGAAUGAUAGUUACACGCCGACCAAAUGUGAAAACUGAAGGUUACUCUGAGACCAGGAUGGCCUCCUGUCGCGUUCCACUGGUUUUGUUAGCCUGCGGCUCUUUUAAUCCAAUCACCAAUCAGCACAUGCGGCUAUUUGAGCUGGCCAGGGACCACAUGCACAGUACAGGCCGGUAUGAGGUGUUGGGGGGCAUUGUGUCUCCAGUGAGUGACGGAUAUGGAAAGCAAGGUCUGGUCCCAGCAAAGCAUCGGAUUUCUAUGGCUAAACUGGCCCUUCAGAGCUCUAACUGGGUCACAGUUGAUGAAUGGGAGAGCCAGCAGCCAGACUGGACGGAGACUGUGGUCACUAUGAGGUAUCAUUAUGGGCGGAUUCUGAAAGAAUAUGAGCAAAGCGCAGAAAGGCACAGCGACGCCUGUAGAAACUUUGCUUCUCCAUCAAGUCCGUUCCCCCAGCUGAUGCUGCUGUGUGGAGCUGAUUUCCUUUCCAGCUUCAAGAUCCCGGGCCUGUGGCUGGAGGACCAUGUGGAGGAGCUGGUCGAACGCUUCGGCCUCGUUUGCGUCAGCAGAGGGAGUCUGCUGCCCGAGCGGGCAGUACACGAGUCGGACACGCUCUUCCGCCACAGGCAGAACGUUUUCCUGGUGAGGGAGUGGGUGAGGAACGAGACGAGCGCCACAGAGAUCCGCCGGGCACUGAGACGGGAUCUGAGCGUGAAAUACCUGAUCCCAGACUCUGUGAUAGAGUACAUUCGCCAGCACAAGCUCUACACAGAGGACAGCGAGAGGAGAAACGAGGGCACGGCGCUCAGGCCGCUUAUCAAACAGGCACAUCAACCGAUAAAGAGUCUGGACGACCAGCGUUUCCUUCACUCUCCUCCCCGGCCAGCCCUCCUGAAGAGCCGCAGAGCCGCGAUGCCCGCCGACAUGAAUGGAUACUGGAAAAUGGUUUCCAAUGACAACUUUGAGGAGUACAUGAAGGCUCUCGAUGUAAAUGUUGCCAUCAGAAAAAUUGCGCUUCUCCUGAAACCCGACAAGGACAUCGUCCAGGACGGGGACCACCUGACGAUCAAGACCCUCAGUACCUUCAAGAACUACAACAUGGACUUCUACGUGGGCAAGGAGUUUGAGGAGGACCUGUCGGGAGUCGACGACAGGAAAUGCAUGACCACCGUCACCUGGGAGGGAGACAAACUGGUGUGUGUUCAGAAGGGAGAGAUAGAAGGGAGAGGAUGGACCCAGUGGGUGCAGGGAGAUGAGCUUCAUCUGGAGCUGAGAGCCGGAGGCGCUGUUUGCAAGCAGGUUUUCAAGAAAACCUAAACUGGCCUCAUUCACCAACACAGAGUGAUCCGACAGAAACUGGCUCAAAAAGACACACCAGACCGAGCAACAUGACCCUGCCACUGCCCACAUUGAUUUCACAAUUACUUACUUAUUGCAUUCAAUUUGAAUUUUUUUGCCUUAGUUGUCAAGCCAGGGAGUCAUGAAACAAUGAAGUAAUACUGUAUUACUGUCUCAGGGCAGAUGCUUUGAUGAGCAGGUUUAGAUGAGCUGAACAUUUGCACACUGCUUGCUGUAGCUGAUCUGAAAGUUGAACCAGAUUGAGAAAAAGUUUAGUGGAAAUGAGGAAGAUCUUUCACAAACAGUUUUUGAUGUGAACUGAUGACAGCUGAGGGGACC